AUGACCGAGCUCUCUGAGAUCCAGUCUGUAUUGAAGGCGGCAUUGCGCCAGUACAAGGACUUUCCUACACCGGGAGUCCUUUUCGAGGAUAUCAUGCCGAUUUUCCGGUCGCCCAAGACGUUCCAGAUGCUAAUCGACGCCCUCAAAAUCCAUAUUGAGUCCAGCAAGGAGAAGCCCGACGUGAUUGUUGGGCUGGACGCUCGUGGGUUCUUGUUUGGUCCUACUUUGGCUCUGCAGCUGGGGCUUCCCUUUGUUCCGGUGCGCAAGAAGGGCAAGCUUCCUGGUGAGACUUACGAAGCUCGCUACAUCAAGGAGUACGGCGAGGACGACUUUGUUAUGCAGAAGGACGCCAUUGCCAAGGGCCAGAAGGUCAUAAUUGUUGACGACAUUAUCGCUACCGGUGGAUCUGCUGCUGCCGCUGGAAGCCUUGUCGAGCAGGCCGGCGGUAUCACGAUUGAGUACGUGUUUCUGCUUGAACUGCUGUUCCUCAAGGGACGUGAGGUCCUCAAGGCUCCGAUUUACACCUUGCUCGGUGACCAAGCUUGA